UCCGUUGCUGUGGGAAACGACCCGGGACCUGCGAGGGAGGAAAAACGUUUCCCGCCGGCGGGAGCUGCAGUUGUAGUGGCCAGGGGAGCUCGGAGGCGAAGGCCCGGCGCAGGCACCAUGGCGGACCAGUUUUAUCUGGAAAAUAUAGACGAGUUCGUCACGGACCAGAACAAGAUCGUGACAUACAAAUGGCUGAGCUAUACACUAGGAGUUCAUGUUAAUCAGGCCAAACAGAUGCUGUAUGAUUAUGUUGAAAGGAAGCGAAAGGAAAAUUCAGGAGCCCAACUGCAUGUCACUUAUUUAGUGUCUGGCAAUCUCAUUCAGAAUGGACAUUCCUGCCACAAGGUUGCAGUAGUGAGAGAAGAUAAAUUGGAAGCAGUGAAGUCCAAGCUAGCUGUGACUGCCAGUGUACAUGUGUACAGCAUCCAGAAAGCCAUGCUAAAGGACAGUGGGCCUCUGUUCAAUACCGACUAUGACAUCCUUAAAAGCAACUUGCAGAACUGCAGCAAGUUUAGUGCCAUCCAGUGUGCAGCUGCCAUCGCUAGAGCUCCUGCUGAAUCCUCAUCUUCUGAAAAGUUUGAGCAGUCAGAUCUUCCGGUAUCACCUGAGACACAAGCCAGUAAUGAGUUGACCACCAAUGGUCAUGGCCCACCUAUCCCCAAACGGAGUUCCCAGCAGCCCAAAGGAAUCAUGGGCAUGUUUGCUUCUAAAGCUGCUUCUAAAGCCCAAGAUGCCAACAAGGAAACCAAAACAGAGGCUAAAGAAGUAACGAAUGCAUCUUCGGUAGGCAACAAGGCACCAGGGAAAGGGAAUGCGAUAAGCAAUUUUUUUGGAAAAGCUGCUAUGAAUAAAAUUAAAGUCAAUUUGGAUUCAGAACAAGCAGUGAAAGAAGAAAAAAAAGUGGAGCAACCUCCACUGUCUGUCACUGAACCAAAGCUGGCAGCCCCUGUGGGCCUGAAGAAAUCUAGCAAAAAAGCAGAGCCUGUUAAGAUGCAGCAAAAGGAAAAAAAAAGCAACAGGAGGAAGCAAGUGGAGUUAUCUGAUGAUGAGACAAAAGAAACUGAAAACAUGAAGAAAAAGAGGAGAAGAAUCAAACUUCCUGAGUCUGAUAGCAGUGAAGAUGAAGUCAUACCAGACUCUCCUGGGGCUUAUGAAGCUGAGUCACCAUCCCCACCUCCUCCUGCUUCUCCAUCUCCUGAACCAGUGCCGAAGACUGAGCCAGAGCCUCCUUCUGUCAAGGGCUCAAGUGGAGAAAACAAAAGAAAACGAAAACGUGUGCUAAAAUCUAAAGCCUUUGUGGACGAGGAGGGCUGCAUAGUAACUGAAAAGGUCUACGAGAGUGAAUCCUGCACAGAUAGUGAAGAAGAGCUUAAGAUGAAGACUUCCUCUGUACAUAGGCCUCCCGCCAUGACUCUGAAAAAGGAACCCAAAGAGGAACGAAAGGGCCCAAAGAAAGGAACUGCUGCUCUGGGCAAAGCCAAUAGACAAGUGUCCAUUACUGGCUUCUUCCAGAGAAAGUGAACUGCCAUCUCUGUUAGGUCCAGAGAUGUGGAGUGGUCAAGGGACAAGACCAAGACAUACAGACUCUCACUUACUGUGUAAGUUCAUCCAGUGCCUCACCUCAUCUUUAUCAAAAGACUGUUUUUCCAUCCUGUCAGGUUUAUACGGCUUCUGGUUUUCAACAAAAAGGAAAUCACCUGGAAGCAAGAGGCAAAAGAAUAUUUCAAAAGCUGUUAUCUUCCAACAUUUUUUAAGCACAAUUUUGACCUGUCCAGGAGAAGAAUUCAUUCCAAAAAUAAAUUGGAACAGGUUUCAGAAUUAUCACUGAAGCCGUUAGUGGCUAAUCCACUGUGCCCUACCCACCCUGUGCCCUUAUCCAUCCAUUUAUGGCUCAGGAAGUGAUCCUCCUUGUUCUUUUGUAUUUUGUGGACUUGUGUGGGUAUUCUUUCAUGCCUGAAUUUUACUGGAUGUGUUUACCACUUCCCCAUCCUCCCUUCCCCACUACCACACUUCUGUGUGAAGCAUUUUCUGUAAGUCUUUUAAAUCUUGGUUGGACUAAAGGCUGAAACAAAAA